AUGUCUGAAAAGCCGUCGGCCGGAGUAGUUGAUCUACCACAAGAAGAAGAGGAAUCUAAAGAGCCGGUUUUGAAAAAUCAAUUCGAUUUAAGCACCUACGAUGCGUAUUCAACCGAAAUCGAUCUAACUCACACACGUGCUGACCAUAUUCCAGAUCUAUCCAGAUUCACAAAUGUUGAGGAGCUCAGAAUGAGAAACAAUCUACUCACUUCAUGCAGCCCUACAUUGUCUUCAUUGGUCACACUCACAUCUCUCGACUUGUACGAAAAUCAGUUGACCGAGAUUUCGAAUCUUGAGUCUUUAGUCAACCUAGUGUCUCUUGAUUUAAGUUACAACCGAAUCCGUGAAAUCAGUGGGCUUGAUAAGUUGACUAAACUCGAAAUUCUGUAUCUUGUUAAUAACAAGAUUGAGAAAAUCGAAAAUUUCGAAUCAUUGACACAACUGAAACUCCUUGAGCUCGGAGAUAAUCGAAUCAAGAAAAUCGAAAACAUCGAACAUCUUGUGAAUCUGGAAGAAUUAUUUUUGGGAAAGAACAAAAUACGGCAGAUUGAAGGAGUUGGAGGUCUUCAAAAACUUCGCGUUCUGAGCAUUCCAGGAAACCGACUCGUGAAAAUUGAAAACGUUGAGGAGCUGAAAGAUUUGAAAGAACUCUAUCUCAGUGAUCAAGGUCUUCAGAAUAUCUAUGGUGUCGAAAGUUUGGUUAAUCUCACUCUGCUGGAUGUCGCUAAUAAUGAAAUCAAUUCAUUCAGUGGAGUUGAAAAGCUGACAUCAUUAAACGACUUUUGGGCGAACGAUAACAAGGUUGAAAGUUUCUCAGAGAUUGAACUUCUAUCGAAGCUGAAAGAUCUGCAGACCGUUUACCUUGAACGAAAUCCAUUCUACUUUCACGAUACUAACCAGUAUCGUAGAAAGGUUAUGAUGACGCUGACGCAAGUCACCCAGAUCGAUGCCACUAUGUGCAGACAACCAACUUCUUCAUAA